AUUAUACAGAUUUUUUUAAAGUAAGCACAGAGAAAUUAAGUAAGUUGUCCAGAGUCACACAGCUAGUAAGUGGAGGAGGAACUGGGACCCAAACCCAGGUAUUUUGGCCCCAAGCCUAAGUCUUAGUGGUAUUUGAAGUUGCCUCUCAUGUGCGACAAUUGCCUUAAAAGCAUUAAAGUGAGUGUUCUGGUACUGGGGAAAGCAGUGUCGCUUCCAGAUGGGGUGACAUAGUACCUUUGCUUUGUGGAUCUGGAACCUGAAUUAAGCCUGGAAGUUGAAUAGUUUCUCCCAGGUGGAGACAUGGCAGGAUAUCUUGGGCAGAAGGCAUGACAGGAGUGAAGAGAUUCAGAAUGCAAGACAGGUGUUGAUUUGUGCAUGGGCGCCUCAGAGGUAGAAAUUGAAUGGUAGACUCAAUGCUCGUGGCUUCUGUGUCUAGCUGCAGCCAAGUUUUUGCAUUACUGUAAUUAUUCAGUAGGGAAUUGUCUGAUUGUAAGAGUGUAUGACAAUGGUUGGCAAACUUUGUCUAUAAAAGGCCAGAUAGUCAAUAUUUUAGGCAGCUUAGAGCCAAGGGACAAGUGGUAAGAGGUGACCUCUGAGAGGUGUGGAGGCUUCUGACUUUGCUUUGUAAGGACCUUGUAGACCUUAAUAGGAGUUUGGAUUUUAUAUUGUUAUUGUUAUAGAAGGGAUUCCAUGUGAUUUGAAUAAUUAAGACUGUGUAAGGAAGACACAUAGACUCUGGAGCCAAACUGCACCACACUUACUAGCUAUGAGACUUGGGUAAAUUAUUUAAACUUUUUUUGCCUCAGAUUUCUCUUAAAGAAAAUGGGAAUAAUAAUAGAGCCUGCCCUGUAGGGUUGUCAGGAAUACUAAAUGAGUUAACACAUCUAAUACUUAAAACAUUGCCUGGCAGAGUAAGCAGUAAAAUCUCUCUUAGAUAUUAUUAUCUGUACCUUGUGUUAUAUUCCAAAUUUUCUAUAGUGAAAAAAUAUAUGUAUAUAAAUCUAUAAAACAAAAUUGUUAGACAUACAGUGAGAGUGUAAAAUACUAUUAGAGUUGGGAAACUUUUAACUUGCUAUUUUCAUUCUGUGAGAGUUCAGGUAGAGGUAUAAGAUUGCUCUGCAUGUUCUUUGUAAGAGCAAAACUUCAGAAGUGGGACAUCCAUGAAUAGGGACUGUUUAAGUGAAUAAUGGCUAUCUGUGUGGUAGGAAACUAAGAAGUUGGUAAAGUGACUGAGGUAUAUCUAAAAGUAUUGGUUUUGAAAGACUUCUUCCGCUAUUGAUUACUUUUGCCCAUUUUGUUGAAUUUUAGAUUGAAUCAUACCCUGUGUUCUCUUUUGUAUCUGGCUUUUACUCAGUGUUAUGGUUGUGAGAUUAAUCCUUAUUGUGUAUAGCAAUAGUUAAUUUCUUCUUGUUGCUAUGUAUUAUUCCUUUGUCCAAAAUACCAGAAUUUAAUUGUUCAUAGUUUGUUAUUAUCUGGAAAAAUACACAUAGUCCAAAACAGUAAAAUUUGUUUGAAGUUACAGCUCAAAUUGGAUGUAUUUUAUAACUGAAUAUUUCCCACAGUAUUAGCCUACAUUUAUCUAACUUGAGAGUUAAUUUUCCAUUCUGACUGUCAUUACUGGCCUCCAUGUACCCUCCCCUUCCAGUGCCAGGAUUCCAGCCAGGGUUCAAAUCCCUACUACAGGAUAUAAUAUGAUUACAUUGUACUCCAUGUUUUUUCCUAUUUGCAGAGUUAAGUGACUCAGAACCAUAACCAAGCCUACAUACAUUUAUUUCGGUUUAAUAUAAAAUUUAACUAUGGAAGCAACCAUAGUCUUAGAGCUAAAAUGACCUUAGGCAUAAUCUCACCCAUUUUUUACCUGACAGAUGAGGAGGUGGUGUCUCAAGUGGUCUGCCCAGCCCACGCCCUGGUGGGGACCCAAUCUGGAACACAUUUGGAACACAUCCUGACUCACAUUUGGAGGCAUGCUGGGGUUCCUUUACCAAACCAGUUAGGAAUGGUGUUUUCUUGUUUCCAGCAUUUACUCUAGCCUUUAAAUUGUGAAGCAUUCACUUCACAAUUUGGAAUUGUGUUUGAUCUUGACUCUUAUUCCUACGAGAGUGGGCAGUGUAGCCCUUCAAGCUUUAGAGGCUUAUUCUAAAUCAUGAAUGGGAAAAUUAUAAAAUUCAACCAGGACUCCAGUUUGAGUUGGCAUUGUGAGAACAUAUCCAUACAAAAUUUAUUAAGGUAGUGUGUAAAGUAACAUUUUUAUGCAUUGCUUUUCAGGAAUAGAAGGCUUAUCAGCCCUAGGUGACCAAGCGGUUUCACAAAUACAUUAUCCAGCAAGUGUAAAAAUAAUUAGGUCCAACUCAGAGAAGUGAAGUUGCUCCUGUUGCACAACGAUGUCUAGCUGCUCGAGUGAAGUUGAUGUGGUAAGAACUCGAAUAUCUACUUGUGAUGAUGAUAACGGCGUUCUUUAUGCAUAUGAACCAAAGCCUGCUGAUGCAUAUGUCAAUCAGCAAAGUGUUCUGUCUGACACAUCCUAUGAAGAGCAACAAAAAACAAUUGUGGAUGUCCUGAGUCAUUGCCAGGUCAUCCAGGAUGCUAUUCAAAACCUGGAUAAGAAGUUUGAUGCCAUUAAUGGAAAGGUUUCAAAAAUUUACCGUUUUCGUACAAAAUUAAUCUGGCAAAAUCGCAAGCCACUUGGAUAUGCAUACAAGCAUUAUACUUACCUGCUUUCUAGAAAGGUCAAAUUGCAGAAAGCAAAGAAGAAGGAUGUGCCUCUUCCCGCUUCAUUCUCUUGUACUGAAAGUUAUAGCCCAACUACACCAGUGAGAAGACCAACAGAUGAUUUCCAGAGCAAUAUUGUAGGAACAUAUUGCCCUUCACAGGAUUCCCUGAUAGAGAAUCACGAGUCAUACUACGAUGACCAGGAGGCGCGCCUUAGCCAGAGUCCAACAUUUCCUCCUGUCUACACACAGGCGGAUCCUCCAUAUUACACUUCCACUGAUCCAGUGCAGUGCUCCCCUGCUGCGCCCUGCUUUGGCAGUUCAGGGGCACACAGCACCGCUAGUGUCUUCUCAGCUGCCCAAGCUUCCACAUCAGUACCUGCAGCCAUGCUGGACCAAGGCAAAUCCAGUCCAGCACACAACCCUGAGACGACGACUUACCCAACUUUGCUGGAAAAUGAGAGCCUCGGCCAUGCUGCCUCAUCUCCCCAUGUCCCAGGUAUCGUUGGUGAGUGUGAAACAACACGUAUUACAAGUAGCACUAUUAUGCUAAAACAAAACUUCCCUGAUGACCCUUCAACUUGGACCGUAGAGGAAGUGAUCCUGUUUCUGCAGCAAGCAGAUCCUGAGACACUCGCCCCUCUCGCCGACAUCUUCAGGCAACAUGACAUUGAUGGGGCAGCUCUGCUAUUGCUCCAGAGUGAAAUUAUGAUAAAGUAUAUGGGGAUUAAGCUGGGGACAGCUCUGAAGGUGUGCCACUACAUCGAAAGGCUUAAAGUGGAAAAAGGCAUUGAAGAUUGAAAAAUCGUUUGUGUAGAUUUACAUUGGACUUAAUUCUGGGAGACCAAUGCAUCUUGUUGUAAAAUCAUUCUGCCCUUAGAAAUGUUUGUGUUGAAGUUUUCUCUAAAAAUUUGUUAUAUCUGGAAUCGCAGAACUACAUCGCAGUUAGAAACCAUUCAACACAUUACUAGUAGUAUAUUCAAAUUGGUAGUUGAUUCUGGAUAUCUUUUUAUUAUUGUCAUUGUAUAGUUUAAAAAUAUACUUCAUAUGAGAAACACCUUUGAUUUCAGUUAAUGUUUAUGUAUAGAGCCAAAGUAGCUAAAUCCCAAAGAGAAAUUUAAUAAGAUCCAUGAAAGUUUUCCUUAGAAGAGAAUUUAAAGAUACAACUGCAGACAUCAUCUCUUUCUCAAACACUUUUUGUCUGUUAUAGCAGUGUUCAGUUUGUGUUCUACCCGUUUCCGAAAAGGGAAUAGCCAUAUAAAUUACUGUCCUUUUGUUAUUUCUCUGUUAUAUUUCUUCAUAUUUAAAGAAAAAAAUAACUUUAUAAGCUUUCAUAAAUUGUUCCUACCAGUUUUUUGAUAAAUGAUAAGAUAGAAUGGUUGUUUUAUGCAAUAGAUCUUACAGUACAAAGGAGGUUUGGUUAGAGUCUGGUUAUAUUCUUUUCCAUUCAAUUUACAUGUUGUUUUAAAACUUUAAAAAAAUAUUGUUGAAAGUAUUACAGAUGUCCUUCUUUUCCUCUGG